CUUAAAUGAAGCCGUUACCCGCUUUUCACAGGUGGCAGUCGCGAACAGUUUUAUCUCUAGUCUAGUGGAAGCUAAAAGAUCUGCGUAGAAGAGCAAAGGUCGAACGCAUACGCCGCACAACAUGGCAAAGGUGAACACCAAACUGUCUACGGUGGUGGACGAAUUUAGGAAACUAGAUCUUAUAUUUAAAACUGGUUCAGGUCUGGAUGUUGUAGAGAGGGGUUACGCACGGAAGUUGGUUCACGCUAUAAGUAGUCAAAAUGAGGUCAUGGAGUGUGAAGCCUUGAAAGGUCUAGGAGACUUGUACCUGCACAAAGCACAGACGAACACUGAUGAUAAAGUAGAGAACUUCCAAAAGGCAUGUUCUAUGUACACAGAACUCUUACGAUAUUACACAGGUGUUGAGGAGAAGCAAGUUGUACAGCAUCGUAUCAAGUAUGCAGAGAAAUGCACGAAACUGGUACACGAUCAAGAUAUUGUAAAAGCGCGUGCUACAAAUUCAGGCAAUACCAUAUUGGCUGUGUCAAUGACCCUUCAUGAAAUGAAAGGAUAUGGUGUUAUACCCUUGAUUGAGGGUUAUACAAACGCCUUAGUUAAAGGAAUAGUGGAAGGAAAUAAACGUCUAGAAAUAGAAUCGAUAAAGAGCAUCGGAGACCUGUACCUAGAGAAGGGAAGGGAAGGCAAAGAAAAGGCAGCUUUGGCAAAAUCAGCUGGCCUGUACCGAGCGGCGCUGGACCGCUGUGAAGAUUCAGACGACAGAGAAACGCUGAGGCACCGCAUCAAGUACGCAGAGAAAGUUGAGCAGACAGCACGAAAGAAGGCUAAGAAACGCGCGGAAACGAAACCACUACGGAACAAGAAAUGUGGAACUGAAAGUCUGCUGGCGUCUUCUCCCAUUACGUACGACGAAGAACUACGAGAGGGUUGCAGGGCCCUGCAGACAGGGGACCUGGACACGGCAGAACGACACUUUGCAGCUGCGCUCAAGGCCGUUCAUUUGAAAGAUCCCAAAGCAGGUGAGCACUGGAAAGAGACGAAGCCCCUAUGCAAGUUAAGCGAUGUCUACGUUAAGAAAGGUAAGAAGUCGAAAGACGGAGGAGACUUCACCAAGGCUGCGGCGCUCAGUAACGCAGCACUGGUCAGAGCAAAGAUGGAAGACAGAGAGGAGAUCAAACAAACAACCCUUAAGAUAACCCAGUCAUUUGUUAACCAUGUCUUAAAUACCACUAAACCGGUGCCCAUCGACGACGUGGAGAAACACAAAUCGAUGUUAACAGAUUGUCGCCGCUUUGUGGAACAAGAGAUCAAAAGAAUCGAGCAACAGAUAGAUCCUUAUAGUCUUGAUGACAACGACCCCAAAAUCAGGGAAGUAGAGAAGAAGAGAGUGGAAGCAAACAAAGCAUUGUUUGACACCAUUGUUCAUAAGCGACGAACAUUCAUAACUGGCCUUGUAGACGAGUGUAUGGAGGAAAUGGGUCCUCCUCCCUGUAAGUACGCUAUGAUAGGCCUGGGUUCACACGCCACAGGAUUGGUAACGCCAUACUCUGAUCUGGAGUUUGCUAUUUUGAUAGAAAGGGACACCGAAAACAGUGUGAAGUAUUUUCACAAUCUCACGCACUACCUUCACCUGAAAGUGAUCAAUCUUGGAGAAACGAUUCUCCCGGCCAUGGCCAUCAAGUCUCUCAAUGACUUCGAAUCAGAUGAUAAGCCAAACAACUGGUUCUACGACUCUGUAACGCCGCGUGGGUUUUCGUUCGAUGGAGCAAUGCCGCAUGCAUGUAAAACCCCACUAGGCAGAGCCACGUUACUUAACAACUUGGGUGCAGUCUGGAGUAACCUUGGUGAUUACAGAAAGGCCGUCAGAUAUCAUGGACAGGCACUACAGAUGAGGCGGAGUAUCUAUGGUAAGGGCAUCACACAUCCUGACAUCGCCUCGUCACUUCACAACUUGGGUACCGCCUGGAGUAACCUUGGCGAUUACAGAAAGGCCGUCAGCUACCAUGAACAAGCACUACAGAUGAGGCGGAGUAUCUAUGGUAAGGGCGUCACACAUCCUGACGUCGCCUCGUCACUUAACAACUUGGGUGCGGCCUGGAGUGACCUUGGUGACUACCGAAAGUCCGUCAGCUAUUAUGAACAGACACUACAGAUGAGUCGGAGUAUCUAUGGUAAGAGCAUCGCACAUCCUGACAUCGCCUCGUCAAUUAACAACUUGGGUAACGCCUGGGGUAACCUUGGUGAUCACAGAAAGGCCGUCAGCUAUCAUGAACAGGCACUACAGAUGAAGCGGCGUAUCCAUGGUGAGGGUAACGCACAUCCUUACAUCGCCUCGUCACUAAACAACUUGGGAACCGCCUGGGACAACCUUGGUGAUUACAGAAAGGCCGUCAGCUAUCACGAACAAGCACUACAGAUGAUGCAGAGUGUCUAUAGUAAGGGCAUCGCACAUCCUCAUAUUGCCUUGUCACUUAACAACUUGGGUGCCGCCUGGGGUAAGCUUGGUGAUUACAGAAAGGCCGUCAGCUAUUAUGAACAGACACUACAGAUGCAGCGGAGUAUCUAUGGUGAGGGCAACGCACAUUCUGACAUCGCCUCGUCACUUAACAGCUUGUGUGUUGCCUACGGUUUGCUUGGUGAUUACAGAAAGGCUAUAUCCUACUAUGAGGAGUCGAAACGGGUGAAGCAGAUACUCGAAGAGACUAAUAGACCCUGA